AUGGCAGAUAUAGAAUACACCUUUUCUGUUAUGAUUCAUCUUCAAAUUCAUUAAUAAUUAUUGGGCAGACUGCUGAGGGUUAUUCCGUGUACCAAGCGUCCUCGAACUCCUCCUAUCGUUAUAACAAAAUGAAGUUCAAAGUACAUCUUAAUUAUCUUCCACUGCCAACGGAAAUAGCGUGCAUUGCAAGGAAAAGAAUUGCUGUCAUAUCAACUGGAAAUGCACUUUUGGUAUAUGAUAUUGAAAAUUCAACGUUGACGAUGCUGCAAACACCAUAUCAAGAGGCACAUAUACGUCUUGCAGCCCACCAGUCAGGAAAUUACAUCUACGGAGCUGAAACAAACAAAGGUGAAAUAUUCCGACUUAGUCUGGAUGGGAAAUCUCUUUCAAAGAUGUAUAAAGCAAAAAGGGGAGAAAUAACGGAUUUUGAUGUUGGAGAUAAAUAUAUUUAUAUACUGACAAAGUAUCAGAGACAAAUUUUGAUAAUAAGAAAAUCGAACGGGACACUGUAUAGGACAAUAAAGAUAUCGCCUCUUAUUGGACAUCUUUCUAAAAUCAUCUAUGUUCCGGCUAACGUUGAUGACAUAGAGCAAACGACAGGGGAAACGACAGGGGAAACGACAGGGGAAACGACAGGGGAAACAACUGUGCAGAAAACACUAGUAAAGAAAAUGUAUUGUUCCAAUAAAACGUGA